AUGAGUAAAAUUAAGGCUAGUACUUGUUUUCUUGGUAGACUUGAGUUGCCAGUCAAGGCUAACCCCUAUGCUCUAUUUCAGGGAAUAAUUAUCACCGUAUUGGCAUUUCUACGAAAAAGAACAAGUUUUAAAAAAGAUGUUUGGGGAGGUCGACCUGGGCUUGUUGUGUAAGUUCAGUCUCUGGCAGUUGAUUUUUUACAUGAUAAAACGUCAUAAACCUUGCAACAAGGUGAUAUAGCAACUUGUUCUAGACUAAUUAAUUGUCACAAUGACUGCGAACAGAGUAGACUUGAGGCAAAUUAAGUGACCUGGACUAAUUUGACUCGCAAUUCUUGUAGGUAAGGACUUGUGACUUGGACUCAAACAAAAUGACUUGUGACUUGACUUGACUUGACUUGGACUUGCAAGAAAUGACUUGUUACCCAUGCAAGUCAAACAUAAAGUUGUAAAUAUCUAGUGAAAAUUAACAUUCUACAAUUUGUACAGUGAUCCCUGACUGGUGGGUUUUUAUUUACACACAUGGUGCUAUGUUUCUUGUCCGUUCUCUUGUUUCAGUGGACAUGUAACUUGCAUGUUAGACUAAAUUUUAAUCUAUCAAUAUUUAACCCAUUGAGUGGCAGCACUAGUCUCCCCCAGACGAUUUUAUUCGUCUGGCGUUAGACAGAGUAAAAUAACAAAAUAGGGCGCAUCUGGGCGCAUGGCCACUUAAUGGGUUAAUUUAAUAUAAAAUUGUAAUGUGACUCCCCAGUUCACGGUAUAUAAGAUGGGUCACGCGAUCCCCAGUUCGACGUUGAUGAUCCAAGGACAUGGGAAUCUAUAUGUUUGUCUUGUAACAAGUCUCGUAAUCUGUCCUCUUGUCAAAUAUCGUGUUGUUAUUAGAUUUGUAUUUGUUGUUAUAUAGUAAUUGGUGAAAACUGUAAUUGGUGAAAACUGUAGCGUGCACUCUGCCAAUGGAACACACAUUAUAUGUUGUUGUAAAUAUACUGUUAAAUGUUGCAUGUUAUUGUUACUUGGCAAAGUUAAAAUAUUAAAUAAAUUAAUGACUAAUUGACUUGGACACGGACGAAAUGACUUGGACUUGCAAUAUAACACUUGUUUUGACAACUCUGACUGACUGGGAACAAGCAAUGUGAACGCAUCCUGAUACUGGCUUGACAACAGCUUGUUUGUAAGUCUGUAACAACUCGCGCAUUUUAACCGGCUUGUCUACCCACAAUUAAGCCAUAGCCAGAUUUGUUAUGACUGCCCAUGGGUUCGCACAAAUAAACGCACGUCAUGAAACCGAAAAGAUGUUUUUUAUAAAAUUUGAAAUCCUGCUCCUAUUGACGUAAUGCUUUUACCCUGUAUAGGCCUAUAGAUUUCCUCGGUAUUGAUAAUGACCGCCUGGCCAUCAUGUGUGUGUUUGGAGCUGCUACUGGAUCAAUCUUUAAUCUGAUCACUGUCAGAGAUGUGGGACAGAAUGUUUGGGGAACUGGUAUAGAAUGCUUUUCUCACAUUGAUCCCUGCUAUGCAGGCUUAUUAGAGAGGAUGGGAGCUUUAUUUAUUUAGUUAUACAGGGUGUAUAAAAAAACUGACCUUUCAAAUUCAAAUUAGCUAUAACGUAUUGUAGUAAUUUGACAGCUCUAAUUGCUUUGAAUUAAUAGUUGGGUAAGCACACAAGGUCUUGUACUCAUGGGACAAAACUCUUAAAAACUUUUAAAUUUUCUAAUUUUUAUUUCUUUGAGUUUCGUGCCAUGAGUACAAGACCUUGUGUUCUUACCCAACCAUUAAUUCAAAGCAAUUAGAGCUGUCAAAUUACUACAAUACGUUAUAGCUAAUUUGAAUUUGAUUAAAAGGGUUCAGUUUUUUUGUAUACACACUGUAGAAGAAGGUUAUCAUUAAUGCAAAUUCUUUUUAUCAUACAUGUCUCUUAACCUGAAUAAGCUUGCGGUUUUAUUGAAGCAUUCAAUUUUUCGUCUGUAGCAUUUCUUAGCAUUGGGACUGCACUCGAAGUUGCUUUCCUUUAUUAUCCAUACUUUGGAUGUUUGGCAUCAUAUCACAGGAUUAUUGGAGCUUUGAUGGGACUUCCUUACGCUGUUGUCUAGUAAGUACGCACUGUAUGCUCGAAUUUAUUAUUAAUAAUAAUACAUACUAAUUAUUAUAGUAACAAGACGCCGACUCGGCGUUAACCUCGGGUCGGUGGAUAGGGAAUCGUCUUGUAAAUAUCCAAAAAUUGUAUAAAUCACGAUAGUUUAAUAGUUCACUAGUAUAAAUGGUGAAUCAGUUAAUCAAAGCUCCGUUUUAAUAUUUUAUUGACAAUAAUUACUGGCCCUCAUCAAACCUAUUGUUUUCUCUCUGCAUUAUAUCAGCGAAUGUCGAGAAGUUUUCAUUUAACGUUCUACUGAAAAACGGGAGCGGCCUUUUUGGUUGUAUAGGGAAAUUCCGGCUCAGGGGUAAAUGUUUAUACGCGUCAUAUUCUAUGUACGCGUUAAAAUAGCACACAACAUUAUUAAAAAUAAUGCAGCGUGCAUCAGUGCACACAGACAUUAUUAGCAAUAAUGCAUCUUCGUCACCCUGACAUGUACACGCGAUAACGUGAACAUCCCAAGAUGAGAAGGUGACAGUGCUAAAGGCCCCCCAUACGGUGUCGUCGGGUGCCUGAAGCACUGUUGGAAACGGUCGCUGUGAGUCUUUUCAGUUCAAUUUUAUAGAGAAAUAGUUUCGUUUGCGCUUGUGGGAUUUUAUCCUAGAUAUACGCAUGUGCAGAAUACACCAUAAGUUCUAUUCCCGUGUUUAUCCAAUACGCUAUUUGAGUAAACCUUAUCAUUAAUGAUAAUAUGUAAACUAGAACACUAUAAUUGACCUCCGCUUGUGGAGAUUUUAAUUUAGGGCGAUUAAUUAAACUGAAAUCUGUUCUAUCACAAUGCACUACAGUGCCUAUGGUUAUGUCUAUAUGCAUGUCCUCACAAAUGUCUAGUGUAACGUUGGAUAGGUUCAUUGUCAUACGGUCCCGACAAGCAGCAACGUACAGUAGUCUUCCAGCCGAAAAUAAUUACUUUUGAUUCGGGUCAGUAAUUAUAAUAGAUAACAAGUGAAAGUUGGCCGCGAUAUUCCCAUGCUAUGCAUACGAUGUAUUGUACAUUAUAUCAACAUAUACUCGAGAAUAGUUGUCCAGCUAAACAUGUAUGUCAAAAUUAUCACAUCUUCUGGUUUUAAAUCAACAAUUCUGACGGAUUUUGUGCAAGGACAGCUUCGGGUUCCGUUACGCUUUGGCCGAUGCUUGCCGGAAGUACACUUAUUUACCGGAAGUUGUCGUCUCCUCCGCAGGCCCUUCGAUCUUCGACUACGCGCGCGGCUCGACACAAAUGAAAAACAAUAAAUAAAAAAAAUAGGAGCCGAAUUUAAGACCUCGGUGUCGUACCGACCCGAGGUAAUUAACUGUAAUAAGGGUUACAUGUGAUUACUAGAGAUCUUGAACUGCAAGCAGCAAACUUCAAAUCACAUAUACGUAAGUUCUACACGUUUUUGCAACACUGUAAACGUCAAUCUCAUUAAGGUGUCGACUAUUACAGAAGUCAGAACCAUCCUCAGACUCUUUUCAUUGUUUUGAAAAUUCCAACGGUUCCCCAUGCCAUCAAGUCACUCACUACAUUUGACUCAGGCUUUUAGCCAGAAGGGACGCCCAUAGAGCAAAAAAUGGACGCCUUUGGACGCCCAAAUUAUUUUCAGUUAUUUCCCUAAGUAUAUUAAUAUAUCUCAAACGAAAUAGCUUCAAUUCUCAUUACUAUAAUUGUACAUUUGACAUUUUGGUCAAUUUGGUGGUGUACCUGGCUAAAUGAAAAUGUCGUAGUUAAGUAAAGAAGCAUAGCGGCACAAACUCAGUACUCACAAAGCCAAGUGUGUUUGAAAAAUUUCGAACGAGCUUGGAACAGAUACUGAUAUGAAGUAACGUAAACUUCAAAGGUUUUCCAGAGGAACGUUUUCUCGAACCCCCCCCCCCUCGUUACUGUAGAUGUAUUGUACCAAAAUUGGACGCCUUCUUUUAGGACCCUGGCUAAAAGCCUGAUUUGACUUAUAUAUUAAGUAUUUAUGCAAACAGCAUUUUGUGAGACUUAUUAUAGUCAUAUAGAAAUUAUUUUGUAUUUUCAUUGCAGUUUUUCUAUAUCAAUGACGGCAGAUCUUCAAAAGUGUAAUGUAAGUAUAUUUUUGUCCAUUAAUGGCAUUAUUAUAAUAUACAUUAGAAUGUUAGGGUUUGUAAUCCAAGUGAGUAUAUACAUUCUUUUAAAACCUAACCAGGAACGACUGCGAAAAAUGCAGCACAAGGUUCUCUGGUAGGAAUUGAACCUACGGCCCUGCGAUUCUGGUGCAGCGCUCUAACCAACUGAGCUACAGAGGCCAGCUGUUGAGCUGUAACCAUAAGUUCAUGUAUAUAUAGGUAAUCGGGUGUGCGGGUUGUGAAUCGCAGGGCCGUAGGUUCAAUUCCUACCAGAGGACCUUGUGCUGCAUUUUUCGCAGUCGUUCCUGGUUAGGUCUUAAAAUGUAUAUUAUAUACUCACUUGGAUUACAAAUCCUAACAUUCUAAUAUUAAUUCCACCAAGUGAAGUGCAAGAAUCCAAAUCAUUGCAGUCCACCUUAUUAAUAUACAGUAUGUCUAGGGGUUCUUUAAGCAUAUAAUUUGCACAUUUAAUUUACGAAUUAUUCAGAUGGAUAUAGUGCUCGAUCUAUCGUGGGGUGGAGGGGGUGUGUACCCAUCUAGUGGUGUCUGCAUCCCCUCCCCUAGAGACAUCCAGCACGACCGUUUCUGCUUUUCGAAUAACGAUUAUCGGAACGUCUACUGUUUUGCGUGUAUCGAUGUUUUGAAACGAUUUAAGGUUACAGGACACCCUUAUUGGCGUUUUGCGGAAAAUCGCUACUGCGCGCUCAAAAUCAGUCCGAUUUUCAUCAAAUUUUCACCAAAUGUUAGCGAGUGCAUGCAAAAUAUGAUAAAGUUGUAAAAUUGACAAACAAUAAAAUAAUGUAAGAAUUAUUCAGGAAAAUCUUAAGUCGCGGUACCUUUACGCUUUUGAGUUAUGUUCCUGCUGGUUUUAAGAUAUAUUUAUGAAAAUAUCAUUUUUAUACAGUAAAAUAGUUGUUCUAAAAAAUUGUGUUCGGAAAUUUUUGUUUAUUUCGUCAUUCCGCUGAUAUGGCGAUUUCUUUGACGACUGCAAUAUAUUUCUGAAUCGUUUGUGUGAAUUGCUCCUUAUUAUUAAAAUAUCCAAACUUAGAACAAAGCCGAACACGAUUUUGAAACUGACGUCUUUAGCUAUGUCCUGUGAAAAUUUGAGAAAAAUUCGUUAAAACCCGCAGGAGCACAACUCGUUCAAAAAUCAGUAAUUGCCGUAAAAUUCUUCGGGAGAAAAUUACAUUUUCAAUGUUUUUCUUAUUGCAAGCGAAAUGUAUUUUAUUAAAUAACUCUGCGAGUUUUCAACAAUUUUCGUCCAAACUUGGUCAGAUAGUAGAACUAGUCUAAUGCUUUCAUGGAAACCAAUAAAAACAUUUUAGGCAAAAUUAACACUCAAAGGUGUUGUGUAACCUUAAUUGAUUUAUGAGCUCACGAGAAAAUACUCAGAAUGCUUUAGCUGAAUAUCAUGGUUAAAUAUGUAAACAUGUCGAGGUUGUUGUGCAGCCAUAUUUUCAAAUAUACUGUUCUUUAACAAGCAAAGUUACUGUACUGUGCUGUGCUAUAGCAACUGUCCAAUCACCGCAUACGUAAUAACAAGCCGAUAUAAACUUUAUAAACAAAAGAUAAUGUAAAACGUAACAGAACGGCGAACAUACACAUUCGGUCAUCUCAAGUAAUGAUAAUGCUGGGAUAGUAGCGUUGCAGACUGCAGAGGAGAACCUCAUGUACCACCCCAUGGAAAACCUGCACCCCUUUUUGCAGAUGAGGCUAGAUCCGCCCCUGUUAUUUGGAUAAAAACAAAUUGAGCGUUUGCACAUGACGUCACAGCCGCCAUGUCGGUGUUCCAAUUGAAAAGAAUUUUAAUUAGACUGGAACACCAACAUGGCCGCCAUGGCUUUUGUUCAGUUGGGUUGUUUACCAUUUACACGGAAAUUCUGGUGAUUCCAUACGGAAAGUCAAUGGAACAAGCAUAGUUUCGACGGCCCAACUGGAACUUUUCCGGAAUGAACGGUUUGUUUAAAAUGGUUGUCCUCUCUUACCGAUUGGAACGUUUCAACCGGUUAAUUUUGUUCCAUUUACAUCUUUUUAAAUUUUUUCACCAGUUCCAGGCUCUUCGCAGUUUAAUUCAAACCGGAUGGGUUUUCCAUGUAAAUGGUAAACAACUCUUCAGUGCCUUCUGGUCAAUCACCGCAAAUGGAAAGCGCAUAAUCGGAAUGGGAUUUUCUAUCCGAAAUUUUGCUUACCAUUAGCGCAAUUUCAAACCGGGUGGGGUUUCCAUGUAAAUGGCAAACAACCCUGGUCCCUGGGAAUGAGUGCAAACGCUCUAUAGCUUCCCGUUUCGUGACAGACGAGCACAUUCUUGUACUAAACGAAGCUGUUUUUAGAAUUUUUCGUUGCGUUUUGGUUAUUUUUGUUUUGUUGUGGUAUAUGCUAAAACAAUAAUUAUUCACCUCAUUGCAUGACGGUGAAUAAUUGUCAAUUUUGUCAUAGUGUGUAUUUUAAUUUUUCAAUUAUUAGGAUAUUACGACGUGGAAUGAAUAUGUUGAAAAGAUAUUACCAAAGAUACCAACGAUGUUAUGUCAACUGUUUAUUAUGGGCAAGUUUAUACUUGUACUUUAUAAGGAAAUCAAGGAAUACGGAAUAUUCGGAAUGCAGCUAUUUUCUCAUGACGUAAGUAACGGUCAGAUCAUAGGCAGCCCAGAUAUGUGUGUUGAUUUUAUUCUAGGUUCUGCAAGUGAAAUAGCUUUAAACACUCGCGCGUGGAAAUUAUCACGGUCGCGUGACGCUCGCGUGGGCAUUGUCAUCACAAUGAUUCAUCGUAUAUAUAUACGACAUUCUUCACAAUUUGAUUAUACAUCUCAUCCUCAGUUAACCCAUAACACAUCUUGUGAAACUCGUCAAUAAUUCAUGAAGAAAACACAAAAGAAAUCUGAAACAGAAUCAUGAUGAUUUGCAUAAACUUUAAGUUUAAUCUUCUCACCAAAUAUCAUUAAUUUAUUUUAAAUUGUUGAAGAAUGCGAAUGUUCUCAUCGAGACGUUUCACAAGCUAUACAAAGCAUUGGCGUCUUUUCGCGUCCGUGUUGUAUCAGACAUACAACCUCUUCACGCCUUCGACUCGAGUUUGUAUAUCUGAUACAACACGGCCGCUGAUGCUUUAUUACAUAACGGAGGCAUUUUUCGACUCACCAUUGAUCUCAAUGACUUUUCAUAUCGUUCAUAUUUAAAAUUCCAUAUAUUACAUAAUGUACGUUUAGGAUGAACAUGUUCAUGAGCAUGUGAAAUUGAUCCGACCAUGGUUGAGUGAUCACGUGAAAGACCUCAUUAAAUCAAAGUAAGUUCGUGGCGGGAUAUUAAGAUGAUUGAGUCACAACUUGUCAACAAGAUGUGAAUUAUCAUUUUGUAACAAGGUUGACGAGGCAACAAGUUGUUCCACGAUGCUGACUUUGGUAUUUAUAACACCCUGAGGUCUGACAGGCCGGGGCGGAGGGGGUCAAAACGUUUGCCUUCAAUCUGGAAGGAGGGGGGGAGUUCCUAUCCAUUUUUUAAACUAUCCUUGUGUAUAUACUAAUAAAAUAUUUCACCUCAUUUUUAGACCCGCCCGCCAAUAUUCAGGAAUAGAGUUUUACUUGAGGAAAAUUUACAAUCCCGAGAAAAGUAAGUGCCUCGGAUCCAGAAGUUCAGUGCUUCAGAUCCAUUGGUUUCUAUUUUAAAGGGAAAUGGCAAUACACUUUUUUAUUUUCUCGUUUGAAAGAACAUUUAAAACCAUAUAUAAAACUCUUUUACCGUUUUUUCAAACCUUGCUUACUUCUAUACAAAUAUUUUAAUCGAAAGAAAUUAAAUGUCCGCCAUCUUGGAUUUUUGUAGAUAUGCAUGUUACGUCACAACAGGGGUCACGCAAUAUUUUUAUCUAGACAACCACCAAUCAUUUUGCACUCAAAAUUUUACUCUGUCUGCCCUUGGAAAUGUCAAGAUCACUUAAAACCUUUUAGAACAUCUACCAAUCAAUAUUUGAUCAGCAACGAAUACUUUUAUAUGGUUAAUCCCUGUUAUGACGUCACCAAAACUACCGUUAAUGAGAUCAAAAAUUUAUCCAAGAUGGCGGACAUCUCAUUACUUGAAGUGAAAAUAUUUCAAGAACUAAGCAAAAUAUGAAGAAUCGGUAAAAGAAGUUAUUAAAUAGUUUCAAAAGUUCUUUCAAAUGAGAAAAUAAAAAAAUAUAUUGCCAUUUCCCUUUAAACAUCUAAAUUAGUCUUGACUAACGGGGAAUCUUUUGUAUGUUACGUAACACGCGCUCAAAACUAAUAAAUAUACUUUCCACUUGGCUAUGACUAUAUUCAAUGUUUUAAAUUUUUGAUAUGUUUCCCAAGCGGCAAACAAACUCAAAAAGUAUGUUUAUAGUGCUUUAUCUGUAAAAUAAUGCUAAAAUGAAGAGAAUUUAGUUGGUACGCCAAAAAGAAAAUGAUGUCUGAAGUUCAGUAAGUUUUGCUUAAUCCUGGUUUCCAUAUGCUUGUAAUGGUCGUAAAAAUAGAGUCACAAUCUUUCUCAACGCCCAGUUUAUAAUAGUUUAUACCUGUAAACCACAUAUAAAUCAUAAGUAUUCUCUAGUUAUAAUCACUCCGCAUAUUUUCAGUUCUAAAAUGUUGUGUUUCGGCUGAUGAGAAAGAUCGUCAAUUUUUACGACCGUUACGACCAUAUGGAAACAGGCUUAAUAUUGCUGUAUAAACAUAGCGUCAAUUUUACAGCUUUAAUGAUAAUUGCAUUUAAAUUGCCAAUAUUUAGCUAUUCUUUUGUGUUUCUCAACCGCCAUGCAUGUAAAUGAAAAGCGCCAUCAAAGCGAUCUAUUUAGACCGAAUCAGGAUAGCUUUUCCAGUUCUGAUGAGUUUAAAACCGGACAAUCAAGUUUUUCCAACUUUUUUCUUAGAUUUUAAGUUUUCAACUCAAACUGUUUCCGUGGUCAUGAUCUGCUGUAUUCUACUUUACAACGUGAGUCAUUUACUUAGAUAUUUGAAAUGGAAAUGUUUUAGGGCUUACUAUACAUGGAAAUUCUCAGUUCGGCUGCUGAAGUAAUAUGUCAACCAGUUUUAAAUUAAAAAUACUAAGUAAUAAGUAUAGAAAAGAUAUGUAAAUUAGUAAACAACCCCCCCCCAAUAUUUGUUCAUGAGUAAUUAUAACAGCAUUGACAGGAGAACGUCUAAAUCUUUAACCCCCCCCCCCCUCCAGUGGAUUUAGCCGCGUAUCCCAUUGUACUAAAAUGUUUUCUCGAAAUAAACACCUCCUACUGAAAUGUACUUAUGAAAAAACCACACUGAAUUUCAAAAAUUGCUUUUAGGUGGCGUAUAAAAAGUGAUUUAAAAAAUCAAGGACCCUAACCUCUCCUCCCUAGAUCUUGUCCCUGUCUGGCCAUGCAAAAAAACAAAGUGGUCCAAAAAAAUAAAAUAUUUUUCUUCUAUCAACCCGGUCUGAAUAUUGUCCAUGUAUUAAAUUUAAAAUCUCAAUAUACAGUGAAGUAUCCGUAUAUCAUCACGCAAUAUUUAGUGCAAAUGUUGUUUCAUUUAGAUCUCCAUCGAACUUGUGUUUACCAGCAGCUAUUUGUUGGACCAAGUUAGGAAAGCAACUGACAAAGGAUUGGCGGAUAACGUCGCGGAUCCUUUGCGAGGGGUGCUUGGUUAGUUUUGUUCGAAAUAAACUCUUCAAGUAAAUAACAUUUAUAAGGAAACAUGUCGUGUACUGAUGUUUAUGCUGGAAAAGAUUUCUACUUAGCCAAUUUGCUGAGUACCACUUCUCGUGACUCGAAAUUACACAAGCCAGUAAUCUACUUCCUAUUUUUAUAAGUUUAGUAUCGGACAUCUUUUCGCUCGUUACUCUGAUUUUAAGAUGCAAUGAACGCUCCGAACUGAUAGGGAUACAACUACCUGAAAAAUGUGAACUUUGACGUUUCGAGCGAAGGCCCUUCGAAUUGCAUUCACGUCCCAACGUCGCUCAUUUAUAUGGAAAAUAUGCUUGAAGGUAAAGAAACGAAAGAUUUAAAUGAAGUUAUUUAUCACUUUAUAUCUUUUUCUUUAUAUAUAGGUUCCAUGAUUGCUGCUACAAUUCUUGCUGCUAUUUUUUGUAUGGUCUCUCUUGUUCGUUUCAUGGAGAAUCAUAAGUAUGUCUAAAAUUCGUAUAUUUUCCUUGAUGUGCUUUAACUGCAUGCACGCGGUCUUUUUCUCGACAAAUUUUUCAAGAAGUGUAUUACAGAAUACAGACGUUAGAGAAGGCCAACUUAAUAUGCCUAUGAUUCUGGAGUAACCGUUGCAAUGCUGUCGCCCUGUUCCUAGCCAGUGAACUAUAUACAUAUAUGUAUACCGGGUGGCGCAAAAAAAAGUUAACCUGUUUGAUUUGUUUUAACUUAAAAGCUAAAAGAGCUAUUACACGUAAACUACAUGCAUUGCAUUCAGUAUUGUCUAACUUAAAUUUUGAUAUACGCGCUGUGCAUUUUCGUGCAAUAUUGACCGAGAGAGCUGCGUUUAAACUUGAGUAACCAUUUUUGAAAGUGUCGAGAAUUAGCCAAAAACGGCCUAUCAAAUAUUUAAUACAGCAAUAACACGUGCUUGGACGCACUAUAGUCAGAAAGUACACGUUCGUUGUCAUAGACCUGCCCAACGCCGCCGGUAUAACCUCACAAGCAUUAUUUAUUCUUGCAUAUUCUAAACAUAUCGAAAUUCUUUGGUCCUUCGUUAAACGAAGCGUAUUUAUAAAAAAAACACUUGACGUUUCUUUCUUGGAACAUUAGAAUUUCAUUCCCAUUAUUUCAUAAAUAUUUAGAAUAAAUCUUUUAGUCAAAAUCGCUUCAUAAUUUAAUUUUUAUGCAUUCCCAAAGACCUUAAACAAAAAUAAAAGAGCACAUCCAUCCAAUAAACAUUUUUAAUUUAAACUUCACUUCACUGAAACGAAUACUUAUGAUAAAAUGGUAACGGCCACCAAAUUAGUUUAACAGGCCGUUUUUAGCUAAUUCUCGACACUUCCCAAAAUGUUUAUUCAAUUUUGAACACAGCUCUCUCGAUCAAUAUUGCAGGAAAUUGCACAGGGCGUAUAUCAAAAUUUAGGUUAGACAAUACUAAAUGCAAUGCACGUAGUUUAAGUGUAAUAGCUCUUUUAGCUUUUAAGUUAAAACAAAUCAAACAGGUUAACUUUUUUUUUGCGCCACCCGUAUAUAUUCAAAUAUAUUCAAAAUGGCAGACAUUCAGGGGGUGAAUGCCUCUCAUAAGUGCACUGGCUAGGAACAUAGCGAGUGCAUUUUGAUGACGAAUCAUGGCGUGGCGGCAGUUCCGCUUUUUUGGCCGAGUCGGCAUUCUGUAUGGCCGUAUUCUGUGAUGUUAUCUUCAGAAGAGAGAAUGGAAGUUUUAAAAUAACCAAAAAAUUUAAAAUCAUCCCACUAACCCCAAAUAUGAGUUUUGACUUUUGACAGUCGUAAACUUGUUCUUGCAUUGUCAAUCAAAUGAGUAUUUUCUGGUUUCCUCUGCAGGAAUUGCAUGCUAAGGAUGUUCAAAGGAGAUAAGUCGUUUAUUCCAAAAAAAAUCAGUGCAUCACAGUUUAUGAUUGUAAGUUGAACGAUAUACAUUGCCAUUCCUGUUUAAUUUGAACGUGAGAACGAUAUAGAAAGUUAAAGUAGAAGAAUUACUAACCACUUGAAAGAGCCAGGGUUUUUUUCAGGAUUUUCUCUUGGGUCCGUUUUUGCAGAGAAGAUUGAAUUUAGCUGAACAACUGGGGUGGCUGCAUCCCCCCCCCCCCCUACCGGGGGCUGACACUUGUACUCAAUAAAUGUAGUUGAGACGGAAUGUUUUAAAGCAGGGGCACUAUAAACUGGUUAAAGAUGGCGAAUGCAUAGUUUUUCUUGUGUUGUGAGAUGAAUUCCAGCCAUUUUUUCUUAAUUGUCGGGUUUCCAACUGAAAACUAAUUUCCACACGUCACGAAUUUAACUCAAACAACUUCAUUUUUGCUGCACUGAAACUUUGGUGAGAAGAUUGAGUUUCAAAACUCAAUUCAAGAUUGAGUUUUUGGGGCCGUUUAACGGCCCUAAAAAAUCCCAGAAAAAAACCCUGAAGAGCAUCUCAAAAUUAUUAGGUAUAUAUACAAAGUUCGUUCCUUUUUGUUAGGGAAAAGGACUAAGAUAUUCUAGUUAUCAGAUUGGCUACUUUUUGUGGGGUAAGUCUUGCCUUUGGGAACGUUCUCUCUCCUCCGCAGAGGCUUUAGUUUUCUUGGGACAUUGUAUUAUUUAUGGUGGGGUGUGGCAUCGAAGAGAAAUGUUUUUCUUCGUACAAAUUUUGCCGAUCCAACUAUUAAAUAGUAAAAAAAUUACCCAAUCUGGCAGUACCCCAGUAUAGACCCAUUGCACAUGGCGUCACAGCGCCGGUGAGGACACAUCUGGAGGACAAAUAAGCAAUCUAUGCAUAAUAUAACUUUUGUAAACAAUGCAAAUUUUGUAAAACUUUAUAAUAAUUUUGUAUUAAAAUAGUUAAUUUUUGUGCUGUAUGUGGUUGUUGUACCCGAACAGAUAUUAUUAGGGAGCAUCUGGAGGACACCCUAAGGAUUUGUGACGUCAGUGCAAUGGGUCUGUACUGUAUACACUGUACAUGAACUUGUGGUUAGAGCUCGACAACUGGUAUCUGUAGUUCAGUUGAUCAGAGUGCUGCACCGAAGUGGCAGGGCCGCAAGUUCGAUUCCUGCAAGGGACUUUAUAGUUCCUGGUUAUAGGUCAAAUAAAUGUAUCUAAAUUUACACUCGAUAAUUUAAAUCUGAUAAUAUAAGAUAAAUACCCUUCAACGCUUUUACUAUACCUUUUUUUUCAUCUUAGGGUACAUUUUGCUCUUCUUGCUGUUCCUCGUCAUUUGUGUUGUUCUUUAUGCCUUCAUUUCAUACAAAAUCGUUCAAGAUUAUGUCGUGAAAUUCAUUAAAGGAGGAGGGUAG